UUAUUCCGACAAUAGCGGUGAACGCACCUAGAACUCUUUACUGCAGCAUUGAACGCGUUAUUUUGAAAAGUUAUUGAGAAAAAAUAUAUAUUUAUUGUGGCGUCUGCAAAUAUUUAAUUGAUAAGAAAUAAGCUUCUAAAUAAGUUUAGUGUUUUGUAAUAGUUUAAGUUUUCUAACUUUUCAGUCAAACAGUUAAGCAUAUUCACAUUUAAUAGUUUUUCAUUGUGACAAUACGAAGGCGAGAAAUAAGUAAUGGUGACAGCGGAGUUACUGAUAAAACCACAAAGAACUUUGGGAGGAUUGUCCUUUGUUCUGGCAACACUGCUCUUAUCAUUACAUUUCCAAUUGGAAUUAGAAAUAUGCUUUCAGCUGUUUCUUUAUCAGUCCUAUUAAAAUAACGAAUCUCGAUUAGGUUAAAAUAAAUUGAUAUGCCUGAAUUCACAGUGAAAUUAAUACUCAGCGAUAUUGAGGGAACAACGACAUCCAUUAGUUUUGUAAAGGAUGUGCUCUUCCCCUAUGCAAAAGCUCAUUCCAAAGCAUUUCUGGAGGAGACUUGGGACGAUGCCGAAACUCAACGUAUUGUUCAGGAUCUACGGAAACUACCACAAUACAAAGAGUACUUGGGAGUAGGUGAUGAACAACCCACCGCUUCCCUCGUCAAUGUAGCUAGUUUUGUUAAAUAUCUUAUAGAAAAAGAUCUUAAAUUAGGACCAUUGAAAACUCUGCAGGGAUUAGUAUGGGCGAAAGGUUACGAAAACGGCAACAUAAAGGGACACAUUUAUGACGAUGUGCUGCCAGCUUUUAAGAGAUGGCAUGAGGCUGGCAUACGCAUUGCUAUUUAUUCUAGUGGUAGUGUAAAGGCGCAGCAACUACUAUUUGGUCAAACAGAGAUGGGAAAUUUGCUGCCCUACAUUAGUGGUCAUUAUGAUACAGCCGUUGGUCAUAAGCAACAAAAAGAGUCUUAUGUUAAUAUUGCCAGAGAUCUGGAUUUAUUAGCUGAAGACAUACUGUUUCUAACUGAUAUAGUAAAAGAGGCAGAAGCAGCUCAUGAUGCUGGAAUGCAGGCUGUUUUACUGAAUCGGCCAGGGAAUGCGCCUUUAACUGACGAUGAUAAAACUGCAUUUACGUUUGUUGAUAAUUUUGAUAACUUGAAGAUAAAUUUGAAAAAGUAAUAUUUGAGGCUGCUAAUUAAACACUUACCCAAUGCAGCAACCCUGCCUCAAAGUGCGCUUCCACUGAACAUCCGCCACUGUUUUGAUGUCAGUCUUCUCGUGAAUUUUCAGGUGUUUGGUUUAUAUUGGUGAAAAUUGCUCCAAGUGACAGGUGCUAAGAUAAUUUUGUGAAUCAAAAGUCUGAGACGCAUUAGUCGCUGAAAGUGUCUUUGUGCAAAAUAAAAACAUUUAAAGAAUUAUUUUAGUUUACUAUUGUAUUAGUGGAAAAAGAAAUUGUGUUUAUAUCGGUUACAAUUAGAGUAGAUAA